CGAUCCCCGCGGGGCGCGUGCGCCGCGGCGGCGGGCGCGGGCGGCGGCGAGCUGAGUGAGCGAGGACCACCCGCGCAGUCCGCAGCCGGCCGCCAGCCAAGCGACUGCCGAGUGCCGCGGCCACCUCCGCGCAGCGCGAACCUUCUGUCGCAACGUUUGACAUUCACCGCGCGACAACAAGAGCACAACCUCAAAUCGCUUCCCUCACAGGAAUUGCUCUAGUGUUAUCAUCACUUCAAAACUAUUGAAAACUUGUAGUAACUACAGCGUUCGCUUAUUAUCUUGACUCUGAAUUGAAACAUUUGAGAAAGUGAUAAACUUUAUUUAUUUACAUACUUGAACUAAAUGAUAAAAUUCAAACUUAAAACCGGCAUUAAUGAAGGAUGCAUGAAUGCAAAUGUAAAGUUGGUGAUGUGGUGUAUAGUAAAAAUAUGAGGUGUCUGAUAAUCUUUUGAAGUGAUCGUGUUUGUGACUGAAAAAAUAAAAUAAAACAGACGCUGGGAGCGUUGCUCACAAGUUCACGGGUCGUUAAUUCGGUGGAAGAGAGGAUCCGAAAAAAGAGGUCUCGCUUACGUCCGCUCAUCGGAGUGAUAAAAUUUAUGACAAACGGUUAAACAAAUGGUUAACAUUUGGAAAAGUAUUGUUAGUACAACAAAACAAUGAUUCGGGUAAGUGUUUUUUAUACAGUUUUUGUUGUGGAACAGUGGCACAAAGCGAGUGCGUAACGCAAUGUAAUGUUAGUGUGCGAGGGCGCGUGAGAAAAGUGUGUGAUGAGCUGGAGGCGCGUGGGGCGGUGCGCGUGCGUUAGUGCGCUGCGGGCCGCGUGAUGCGCAGCGGCGCGCGCGUAGCUGGCGGCGCGUGGCCCGCGCCCGCGCACGCCGCGUGCGCGUGAUGCGCGCGGACUGCGCCGCGCUGCUCGCGUGGCUCGUCUGCUGCGCGACCGCGCUCUCCGCGCACAAGUACAGCACGCGCGUCGUCAGAACCAAGUACGGACCGCUGCGCGGGAUCGUCGUGCACUCGCAUCCGCAGGUCGAGGCCUACCUCGGGGUGCCGUAUGCCACACCACCAUUAGGUAGUCUAAGAUACAUGCCGCCGGUGACGCCGUCGCAGUGGCGCACGACGCGUCUGGCGGACGCGUCGGGCCCGGCGUGCCCCCAGGUGCCGCCCGCAGCCGCGCCGCGCGACGACGCGUUGUUACUGCACCCGCGCGCGCGCAUUCGACAGUUGGAGCGAUUAUUGCCGGUACUGGCCAAUCAGAGCGAGGACUGUCUUUACGUCAACCUCUAUGUGCCUGUUAAUGGCGGCGAGGAAGGCGAGGGUGGUGGGCUUCCGUGUUUGGUAUUUGUGCAUGGAGAGUCCUACGAGUGGAGCUCGGGCAAUGCAUAUGACGGUACCACGUUGGCGGCCAAUGGCAACAUCGUUGUGGUGACCAUCAACUUUAGGUUAGGUGUAUUGGGUUUUUUAAAGACUGGUGCUAAGGGGUCGGCGCAGGGUAACUUCGGUCUGAUGGACCUAGUAGCAGGGCUCCACUGGCUGCGGGAGAACCUGCCGGCAUUCGGGGGCGACCCUGAGCGCGUCACGCUCAUGGGGCAUGGCACGGGAGCCGCGCUAGCGAACUUCCUGGCUGUCUCGCCUGUCGCAAGGGAAUCUUACCUGGAAUUUAACGCCCAAGACUUGGAGUUUGGCUUCAACGAGAGCCGACGGGAUCGCAUUCUUCGCACUUUCGUCCGGAACGCGUACUAUUACCACCUCAACGAGAUCUAUUCGACCUUGAAGAACGAGUACACGGACUGGGACAAGCCUGUGCAGAACCCGCUCAGCGUGCGCGACGCCACGCUCGAGGUACUAAGUGAUGGACGGACUGCAGCGCCAUUAAUCAGGUUGGGGUACCUUCACGCACUUCGAGGUGGAACCACGUACUUUACUCAUUUUCAUCAUCUGUCCCAAGACAAGGAUUAUCCACAGCUUACAACUUACAAUAUUUUCCUAAUUAAAAGUAUCCUUUCCCUGUUCCCACGUAGAGACCUGGUUCAGUCCAUGGAGAGGAGCUCCCGUACUACCUGGGUGUACCCAUCUCCCUUACGCAUCAUCAGCAGAAUUAUACGCAGCAAGAACAGCGUGUAUCAAAACUCUGCAUCCAUUACAUCUCCAAUUUCGUUCGAUAUGGGAAUCCUAAUGAUCCAUCGGCCACCCCUCCUCCAAGCCCAAUGCUGGGCGAGACUCCACGACUGGGUCCCGAUCAAACACCAUACUGGGAUACAUACGACACUAUCAACCAACUCUACAUGGAGAUCAGUGCUGUUCGAGCGCAGUCAAUGUCGCGCGCCCAUGUGCCGCAUGUGGUGGAGUAGAGGGAGGUGCGCGGGGUGGGACACGCAGUACUGUGCCACCCCGUGCUGCACCUCCUCGCCCUGUCCCCGCAGCACCACCGUCAACAGAGUGUCCACCCAACGCCACAGCACCAACUGUCCAUCCGGAUGAUGCUCUGUUGCGUCGUCUCGCGUCUUCGCACUACCAGUCCUACACAGCGGCACUGACUGUCACCAUUGCCGUUGGUUGCUUCCUUCUAUUGCUCAACGUCCUUAUUUUUGCUGGUAUCUACCAUCAGCGUGGUUCCCGUCCACGACGCUCGAAGGAUGAUUUAGCAGAAGCAGGUAGCUCUUCCUCUUCUGACAACUAUGAUGGAAAACUCGAUUAUGAAGUUCGGGCGUUUGACGGCAAAGGAUUCGGAUUUGAGUGUAAAUCGGCGCACGUGCCUAGAGGUGUGGGCUCCAAAUUUGAUCUUCGAACAUUGUCGGACUGUGGUGAGCCCACUUUUGGCGAGUACAGUUGCUAUGACGAAAGCAUCGCGCAGCGCGCAGUUCCAUGCCUGACGUGAGUGUGGGCAGUGCUAUAGAGGCUGGGAGUGUAGUGUGCAUUGAUACUCAAAAGCCUGACAUCCAGAAGGUGGAAGGUCGGCCGGGUGAUCCCGUUGGCCGCACUAGUACAUUCGAGCCACGUGUGGUGGACAAUUCCACACAGGUAAAGUUUGGCCCAGAUGGCGCAGAGAGCGCGGGCGACGCGGGAGCGGAGGGGGAGGGGGGC